GCGGGCCGAGGGGCCGCCGGGAGCGCACCGGGAGAGCACCGGGAGCGCGGCGGAGCGAGCGCCGGCCCCGCCGAGCCGAGCCGAGCCGGGCCGGGCCGGAGCGGGCGGGAGCGGGGCUCCCGUGGGCCACGAGAGGCAGGAUGAACGUGGGAACAGCGCACAGCGAGGUGAACCCCAACACCAGGGUGAUGAACAGCCGUGGCAUCUGGCUGUCCUACGUGCUGGGCAUCGGGCUGCUGCACGUGGUGCUCCUCAGCAUCCCCUUCUUCAGCGUCCCCGUGGUCUGGACUCUCACCAACAUCAUCCACAACCUGAGCAUGUACAUCUUCCUGCACACCGUGAAGGGAACCCCCUUCGAGACCCCGGACCAGGGCAAGGCCCGGCUGCUCACACACUGGGAGCAGAUGGAUUAUGGAGUCCAGUUCACCGCCUCCCGCAAGUUCCUCACCAUCAUGCCCAUCGUCCUGUAUUUUCUAACCAGCUUUUACACCAAGUACGACCGGAUACACUUCAUCAUCAACACCAUCUCCCUCAUGAGCGUCCUGAUCCCCAAACUGCCUCAGCUGCACGGAGUCCGGAUCUUCGGCAUCAACAAGUACUGAGCGGCGUGGCCGGAGCGGAUGGCGGAGGAGGGGCAAGGGGGGUUCCUCUCUGCAGCCCCGUUUCCUCCCCACACAGACUGGGAUGUGGUUUCACAGCGGCUGUUUUAAAGCAGAUGCCACCAGACACGUUCCGCAUGCUGGAUCCUCGUGCCCCACAAACCCAAACCAGCUCCAGAGUAGAGUUUAGUGCGGAGCAGGAUGCGCGACACCGGAUUUCUCUUGUCCCAGGGUCAUCAAUAGAUGCAGAACCACUGAGACUUUGAGGUACAACAAGGAUGAAUUCUGGGAAGAGUCUCAUCUAUUCCAGACAUGGAAUGUCGAGGAUAGGGAUGAGGGGAAAAGCUUUUAGUGCUGGUACUAUUGCUGUGGUAAAUGCACUUUAAAAUACAUUUCCCUUCUUGAAGCUGGGUGCUUUGAGCAGAAUGUGAGGGAAAUCCAAAGGGAUACAGCCAGACUUUCCCAGGACUGGAUUGUUUUGGGGUCUGAUUUCCAGUUUUAGGGAGGAGGAAGUGAAUGACAGAUUUUUAUUUUGCAGUUGUUGACACCACUGAGAGGGAAAAUUCUUUUCCUAGAAACAGCACAGGAAGGAAUGACCUGCAGUUUGACAAAGCUUUUGGUUUCCUACAGCACCAUCCAUGUGGUCCAGGGAAAAGGUGGAGAGAUCCUAAAUCAUGCUUGUUUUUUUCAGUUUAUACUUAAAUCUGCCCAGUAACUCCUCUCCCCACCCCAAUCUGCUGUUUUUAAGUGCACAGGGGCUCAGUGGGCAUUUGGAUCAAGGGCUGAGGGCAGGUGAUUUAAUGACUGACAACAAAUGCCAUGGAGCUCCUUGGAACAUGGACAUGGACAGGUGUGGGAGAGGCUGCAAUGGGCAGGUACAGGAGGAGGACUGAUUGCUCUAAUCAAGCACACAGCCAUCCUUGACUUGGAAUUUUUAUCCUCACUUCAGCUCCUUGGUUGCUUAAGUGCAUGUGGCUGGGAUUUGCCAUUUCUCUGUGGACACAGGGGUUGGAUUUCUGGCUUACCUGGAAAUCUGUCCCUCAGCUCCAUGACAAGGGCUGUGUGAGCAGCAGCACCAGCAGCAGAUUAAUUGACCAGCAGGAGGAGUCAAUUGGUCACUGAUAAUAGAUCCUUUCACAGGGGAACAAAAUCAAGUCUUUUUCCUCUAAUAUUACCACCUAAAUAAAGCAGGCUUAGAUUUCCUGGCUGAGACAGCUUUUACUGAUUUACUGAAAAUCAAAAUGACCUGAUUUUCCUUGGGUUGUGUCCCAUAUGGAUUGUUUUCCCUCAUUCUUCCCCUGUAGCCCCACAAAUACCUGUAUUUUUGUUGUCUUAGUGCUUAUAUUGUCUCACCUUUUUUUGACAAUGGUAUAAAUCUUUUAAAUCUGCUUUUUUUUUUUUUUUUGUUCCUACAGUAGCAAAUCCAGCUUUAGAGGACAUGGUGGGCAGUGUUGAGGUUUUGGAUGGUCUGAGCAUAGGACACAGAAGGGGGAAUUUCACAUCUGUUACUACCCCAUGCAUAAUUUUAGGCAAGUUGCUUCACUUCUCUCUCAGACUCCCUAUGGGACUGCUACAGGGAAGGGGAAAUGUGGAGUGUACCUCAGAGGGCUGCUGGAAUGCAGGGAGAAUCAUUCCUUAAUGUGUUUAAAAAGUGGAAAUCCAAGUGAAAAGAAAGUUUUCAAGCAGGUAGAAGGAGAAGAGUGUCUGGCUGGAGACCCCAGGGUAGUGGCAGAUGUCCAGUUUCUUUGAUGGGCAGUUUAAACCUUCAAACCUAGGAUAGAAGAGCUGCUGCUUUAGCUGAGGUACUCUCUACCCUAAUCAGCUCUUUAAGCUACUAGACAAUGAUAAUUGUGAUAAAAAUAGAGAUAUUUCAUCAAUCAGUUGGGAAAUACACAGACAUGAGCAGUAUGCCUGUGGAAGAGGCCCCUCCAAGGAGAGGCAGGUCCUGGCAGGGUGGCUGAGGCUGGACCUGAAAUGCUGAAUGUGGUGCUGAACAGACCUAAGUGUCUGCCAGACACCACUUCCAUUUCCAGGGGAAAUGAAAGAAAACUAAUUAUUGUCAUAGAAAACAUGGGAAAAAGCAUCUUUUUGCUACAGAAACAGCCUCUAGAUGCUUUCAAACAUAAUUCCUCACAGACAGAAAUAUGCUGGGUAUUUCUAAGCAUAUGAGUAUGACAGAUUUGUCAAUUUAGAAUAAUUAUUAAUUGAAAGGAUUGGCUUUUUAUUUUUUAUGAGAUACAGCUAUUCCCAGAGUCUCCUUGAAGGUAUUAACACAGCUGAGGGUUUGAACUCUUCUGUGGUCACUGACACUAUGGACAUCUGACCCUGUUUCCUCAAAUUAAAAAUCAGCUGAAUGUAAUUAUAAAUUUAUCAAACAAGCAGAUUCUAAAGCCUAAAGCCCCAAACUUGUAAUUAAAACUCUGCCUAGCAACAAAAGUAAAUUUUUUUUUGAUUUCUCUCCUUCACACAAAUGAUCAAAACUGCUGAUGCCAGAGCCACAACACUUUGUAACACAGGUGCAGCAUUUUUCCAUGGAAUAACUGAGAUUAACUUGGACUCAGUUAAUCCAAUCAAGGCAAACAUAACUGGAAACAGAAGAAAUAUGGAUAAAAGGAAGUUGAAAAAAGAUUUCAUGUUCUGUUGUGGUGAGUUAAGUAUCUAUGUAUGAUUAAUAAGUAUUUGAACAAUUACACAUCGGGUAGCAUCUUCCUUAAGAUCCCAACUUUAGGGUAGGUGCAAUCAAAGGAUCAAUCAAAAAUAAAAAGCAGGAAAUUAAUUGUAAUUAAACCACCAUUCUUAGGUGUACCUGACACAGUCUGAAGUGAAAGGACAGCAAGAGCAGGAUGAGGGCUGAUCAGACAUGUCCUGGCAGGGGAGAGAUCAGGGGUGAAGCCACAUUGUGGGAGGAAAAACAAAACAUGAGCAGAACUUCUUUGAGUGGAGUUUUCCCCAGGUGCCUGCAUGGAGGAGAUAAUUGAUUGUUACUGAUUGUAAAUGGAAUUCUGAUCACAUCACACUUGACAGAUUUCCUCUCACACCUGUCCUAUAUCAUGAUCAGGACAAGAUCCCACCUGGAGAGAUCAAAUCUCCUGUGAUGGAGAAACAAAUCCUGGUAAGAAGGUAUUUUCUGUUUUGUUCUGCAAUGAAAGAGAACACCUUUUGAAAGGUUGGAAGCCUUCUCAGGAACUGCCAGCAGUCUGUCCCAUCUCAUACUGGGCAGAGCCUCCUCAGCCACUGUCAGCACCACACACGUGUCCACGGUGUACGGCAGCCCCUGCUCCAGGACACUCAGAAAACCAGCUCCUGAAUCAGGGAUCCUGACCUGGGAGUUGUUUCACAGAACUACCAGGCUGCCAAACAGUCCUUGGCAGGAAAAAGCCUCUAGAAUAAACUAAAUGGAGGGCUACUUAUUCUAAAGUACUUUUAUGUUUGAAUCACUGUUCAAUUUGGGGUUGUUUUUAGAAGCUCGGUACUGGCCCUCCAGGAGGGGACAGCAGUGGGUUAACACAUUAAUAUUCCUCUUUGUAACUUAUGUUGCUUUAGCAUUGCCUAGAGUAUCUUUUAAGCAUGUGAGUGUUGGUGUGUCCAUAUCCUCUUGGAUCUGUUAAAUCAGCUGAAUUACCUGGAAGGGUUUUUUAAAGGAAUGCUCUGUACAAAGUUUUAGGGCUUUUUUUCCCAUAGCCUUCUUUUUGCUGUGGAUACAGGAGUCUCAUGUAGAGAACUUUCUAAAAUAAAGUGUGAAUAUUUUUAUUACUCCUUUGUACAGUAUUCUAAGAGAGACUAAUAAAAGUGAAGUAUUCAGGUUAAAAGUU